UUCCACGAUUUUCCGUCGAACUUCGAAACGCACGACCACGCGAAUAUAUGUAUAUCUUCAUCGGAAUAUAUACUCACUAGCAGUGUCUCCUUGUUGUUUUAGUGGUUUCGGUCCGUUUGGUGGUUAGCCCGAGCCCUUGGAUUUGCUCUUUUCAAUGCCGAACCUAAUUUCGAGAAGCAAGACCAGGGCUCCUGAGAAAACUCGCUCCCGCGAUACCCGUGUGGCCGAGGAGCUGAAUCCUUCUUCGGGAUGGACGGAGGACCCGAACAACCAUUACCUUCUUAUCGAUCUUCCUUAUUUCAAGAAGGAAGAGAUUAUGCUUCGGACCGAAGGAUCCAACCAAGUGAACAUCAGUGGAAAACGGAUGGCGAGCGACCACAAGUUUGUUUAUUUUGACGAGACCUUCGACCUGCCGGAAAAUUCAGACAUUCAAAGGACCAGUUGGAAAUUGGAAGCGGGGCUACUCACUGUAACGAUCCCAAAACGGCCAGUGCCACUGCCAGAGGAUGAGUAUGAUCGACCCAAGAUUGACGAAGCCGGCACAGGGAAUAAUGCCGAUGAAAAGGAAUCUGUUGCAGACACCUCGAGAAUCGAAUCCAAAGAACCAAAGGAGGAGAAAAGUGGCGAGGCUCAGAACGAAAAAGAAAGCUGCAGUGAGAGUAAUAAUCUAUUCAGUUGGGGGAUCGCAACAAUAAGCAAUAACAAGACCGUGAUUCUGACAGCAUUCCUCGCCUUCUCGCUCGGGAUGUUCACAUCUCUAAAACGUGGCUCGGGUUCCUAGAGGGAAGCUCCGGAGAUUCCACGCUAGAUCUUCUUUGUACAACAAACAGCAUGCCGAUCAUGUUUAACUAUUACAUCCUAUAGAGUUACAAAAGAAAUAAAACCAUAAUUCGUAAGUCAGUGCAAGUAAAUCGAAUUGUCCUGUUUUCCCGUCGCUCUACAGACCGCCCUUGGUUCUCUUUGAAAUGGAUCAAUAAAACAACAACUCAUUU